AUUAUGUGUAAAUCCGCGAAUAAAGUUAGGGUUCUGAAACAUUACAAUUUUAUUGACAAAUAUUUCGAACUGACUUUGUAAAUAACCAAACUAUUACAAUUUGGGGGCUAUCCUGCAACACGUACAUUGAAUUUAGGGACAACGAACAGCUUGGAAUUCAAUGUGUCAUUUGUUGAUGUGUGUGUGAUCCAAUUGAAGUAUAUUCUUCCGCAUUCGCCGUAAAGUUGGUGCAAGGGCCUGACUAAUCAGGCUAAAAAAUACCGACUUUUUACGCCAAAAGUUGCUCGAUAACGGGGCCAAAUCCUUCUGUUCCAGGACCACUGGGAGCAGCAAUACAUAACCCAGCCGCUAUGAGCGUCUGAUCUUCUUGUCUGUCCGAGAAAACAGUCAAAACACUUAUUAAACCCGCCCGGUGUGUGCCGAGUGAGCAACGUAGCGAUCUGUGGGGAAAGCAUGCAAAACCACGGUGGUAAACGAGGUGGUCGACCAAGGGGUUCCUCCGCAAGGGGAGGGCGCAUGGGGAGUCGAGGGCCCCCACCAAUGCAGCACACUCAGAAUCAAAGGGAGAUAUUGCAAGGUGUCUACGCUAACGAGCGCUUCACCAAUGUUGGUGCAACUCUCAUGGGAUGCUCCGUUCAGGUCCAAGUAAAAAGCAAGAAAAUCUAUGAAGGCAUCCUGUGCACCAUCUCACCACAGGCUGAAACUGUCUUAGAGGCAGCGCACAUGGUUGACCAAAGCGGGGAAAACUCCGGCAGUGUACCUACCAUCAACAAGAUAGAGUUCAAGGCCUCCAACGUUGUAUCCAUAACGGCCAAGCACGUGGACCUAGAGUAUGGUGUUAAAGAUAACGGAGACGCGUUUGUGACCGACGCCGAGAUCGCCAGGAGGCAGAACGGCCAGGCAGGAGAACGAGAGCUGAAGGAGUGGCAGGGAGCACCCAUAGAGGGAGACGACUUGUCCCUGGAAGCGGUCAGUAGUGACCCGCAUGCCAAUGGCUGGAGUGCAGAAGAAAUGUUCAAGACGAACGAGAAAAGAUAUGGGGUGACGUCAUCGUAUGAUGAAUCUUUGCUAGAGUACACGACCGGCUUAGACCAGUCCAGCCCUCUCUAUCAAGAGAGGAAAGAGAAAGCUGAGAGGAUUGCCAGGGAGAUGGAAGGUAACCCUGGGUUUGCAGCAUCGGCCCGGGCCGAGUCGGAUGACAUCACGGAGGAGGACAAGUUCAGCGGAGUCAGCAGGGGUAGUGAAAACACUGGCAAUAGGUAUAUUCCGCCACCCAUGAGGGACGGCACGCGGGGACAUUCACCCCAGCACGCCUCCGUCCAGAGGAGACCCCAAGGCCCCAUCCCCAGAUUACCAGGUCAGGGGCGACCCCAGAUGACCUCCCCCCACCAUGGCCAGCCCGCGCCACACCCCUCGACACAGGCCCAGAGCCACCCUCACGCCCAGUCGCACCCAUCUCACCAGCCCAUGGGAGGACCACAGCAGCAGCAUGUUUAUCCCAAUGUGCAGGCCCGCUUAGGCCAGCCUGGCCUGCAGCAGCAACAACAGCAGCUACCACUGCAGCAGCAGAUGCCUCCGCAAUCGCAACAGGCGUUACCACCCCACCAGUUGCAGGCAACAUCUCAUCAAUCGCAACCACUUCAACAGCAGCAACAACAGCAGCAGGCUCAACCGCCUGUACCACAACAGAAACAUUAUAACCCCUUACCCCAGCAGGCCCCAGCCCAUGUACAUGGUGGUCCCCGUCCCCCGCCCCCUCAACACCAGGUCCAGACCCCGCCCAGGCCGGGCCAGCUGCCACCAACUCAGACGUCACCACGCCCUCCAGGGUUUGGCAGCCAGUCGCCGAGGUCAUCGCCGCUUCCUAACACAGAAACAACGUCACCAAGCAUAAGAGAAGAGAAACCUCAUCCAACGCCAAGUGAGGAGCGACAACCAUCAACAGAAGACAGUAGGAAAACUGAACCAAGUACAGUAGAUAGAACAACGUCAGAUAACACAACGGUCUCACCAGACAAGACCCACAAAAAUGUACAAGAAAAGACGCUAGCUGAUUUAAAAGAGUUCAGUAACACAUUUAAUUUAGAGGGUAAGACAACGGACGAGGAUGCUCCUAGUAUACCCAACACGCAGGCCUCCGCAGCCUCGGACGCCAAGCCGGUAACGACAGACAAGACGACGCCAACAGUGCCACCGGUGACCGAGGACAGGGAACCAGCCAAGGAGUCGGAGACCAGCUCUGGGAAAUCCUCCCCCUCCCAGCCCAACAAGGACAAGGACAAACAGUUGAACCCGCUGGCUAAGCCAUUCAUUCCGGGGGUUGUGGCAACGCAGCGAGCCAUGCCGACCAAGACCCCGACUCCACCCAGGCCCCAGUCCAUCAGCCCCAGUCCCAUCAUCCUCCAACAACAUCCCAACCAGUUCCCCCAGGGGCCUUACAUCCUGUCUGGUAACCCGGCUUACCCGGGCACGUAUUCCAUGUCGCAGCAGACGGCGGUGGCCCAGGCCCACGCUUCUCAGAUGGGCCCUAAGAUGCUUCACAAAAAAAGUUACCAGUUUGCCAGCUCCACCAACAUGCCCAGGCCCCAGCCCCCGACAGACCUCCCUGCCCACGUCAUCCCUCCCUCGGUAGCGGCGGGCCAGCCCUUGGUCUCGCCCAUCAGCUUCCAGCACCAUCCCAAUCCGAUGAUGACGUACCAGACUCAGCAGGGCGUACCGGGCGCCUUAGCGGGGCAACAGAUGAUCCCGCAGGCUGGGCCGUACUCAAUGUAUCCCCCAAAACCACAUGGAGUUCCAUUCAGACCAAUGCAGCCCCAGCCUAGCAUUCAAGGUGUACCUCAGCCACAGCCUGCACAUCAUAUACAUGCACUGCCAGACACUAACCUGCAGGGAAACUCCCCAGUAUUAGUAUCCAGCACACAACUGCAAGCACAGGCAGGCCAAGUGCAACCACAAAUGCAUGCUCAAUAUCAGCACCAACAAGUGCAGCAGCAGCAACAACAACAGCAGCAGCAACAAGCCCAACAGCAGCAGCAACAACAGCAGCACGCAGCCCAACAAUCAACACAGCAAUCCCAACAGCAGCAGCAGCAACAGCCACACCACCACCAUCCCCAACCCCAACCCGUGGUGCACCUCCAACAGCAGCAGCAGCAGCAACAGCAGCAGCAGCAUCAGCACCCACAUGCCCAGCCGCACACCACGCCACCCCAGCAACAGAGCCACGGGGCCCAGCCCAGCGCCAUGGCCCAGGCGACUCAGCAACAGCAGCAGCAACAGCAGCAGCACAGGCCCACCCCGAGUCCUGUACACCACAUGCCGCUGCCACAGCACCAAGCGCACCAGCCGCCCCACGUCUCACAGACGCACCACCUCCAGCACCAACAGAUUCUCUACAAUCCAGCCCCCAGCACCAUGCAGCAGGGUCCUCCAUCCAUGGCGGUGCAGUCCAGUCAGUUCCAGCAGUUUGGCGGGCCGCAUCAGUACAUGCCGCAGUACAUCACCGCCGCGCCGCCGGCGACUAACAUCACCAACGUGACGCGGAUGCACUCGGAGCCGCACCCGCACCCUACGCAGGCUAACGUGACGUUAGUACCACAGCCUGGACAGACCAUGAACCACAUGGUGCCCAAUCCUAGCCACUUCCCACAUAUACUGGCACAAACGCAAGCAAUGGGUCAGGCUCAUGGACAGGUACAGGCAUACCAGCACGGCAACUGAGAAGAAAAAGCCACGUCAACGGGAUGGCUUCUGAAAUAUAAUGCUUUUUAUACAUACACCGAAGGGAACCACGUACCACGAAGAAGAAAAAUCUACUAGCAAGCUGAACAGUGGUCGUAACAAAAUUCCAAAGCUGCUCGUACAACAAAAAGAAACCUUUGACAUAGCGCUUCAGUCUUUUUAAAGGUUUUCUAAUAUAAUUUUUUUUUUUUUUAUUUCUAAUUGGGUGGUGGUUUCUUGGGGGAAACCUACCUCAAUUUUGAAAUGGCAAAACUUACAUUUGUUAUAAUGUUCAUUUCCGGUAACGUGAAUUUUUUAAAGCAAAAAAAAAUUACAGGCUCUUUAACGCAUCGUUGGGUUGUUUACAGCCGUUGGACAUAAGUGGUUUUGAGAAAUGUAGGGCUGAGACAUUUUCCUCAAAUUUUCGAGACUGUUCCAGUUUCAUAGAAGCUGCUUUUUUUAAUAAGUACGAUUAUUUAUGCCAAAUCCUUAAAAAGUUGCAGUGAUUUUUUUUUUUUACACAGAGUCACAGAGACGAUUAGGACUUGUUGAUGCAAUUCCACUUUUCUGUAGAAAACUCCUGCCCCCGAGGAAUAACGACUUUAAUACACGUACCCUCGUAUUUUGAUGGAAACAUUUCAAUGUCGGCCUUAAAAAGUUCCAGAGACUCGCAACUAGUAAUAGUUACAGGGGUGUUGACAUUCAUUCAGUGCGCUUUGCAAACUGAUCUUAUUUUCCCGGCAAUAGCGCAAUAAACAGAUAUUCAGAAUAGGUGAUGAGACUAUUUAAAAAAAUACAUUAAAAAGUCACAAAUGUGGAAGUCUUUAGCUCACAAGAUUGAUUAACCAAACGGAAGGAGAAACCAAAAAAAAGCAAGAAUGCAAACAUUUUUUGGACGGCAAAUCCAGGCUUUUGGACAAAGCAAGAGACAUUUUUGCAUGUUUUUUAAUUUAAGUAUUUGGGGUUUUUUUUAAUGAAAAUUCAUGAAGUUGGGUGCGUGUGCAAAACAGUGAGAGUGUGUGUGUGAGUGUAAGGAGAGAAGUGACAUAGAUAAUUAAUUAAGAACAUUGCAUUCAAGAAUCUCUAGUUAAUGAGGAGAUGUUUAACUACAUGUAUAAUUAAAAACUGUCUUAAUUUUUGUUCCUUUUUCAAUUUUCCCUCAUAAAUAUGUCAACUAGGACUUAAAUUUAUUGAACGAGGUCCCGUAACGAGAAAAUGGCUUCACAAAUCCUUUUUUUUUCCCCCUCAAAUUUAUUUAUUGGCUCAAAUGUUUUUAUUAUUCCUUAAUAUGGCGAUAAGUCUUCAGUUUGGUGGAAACGUUCUGUUCUGAUGCGACAAUCCUUCUUUAAAAAGAUUCACAUUCCUUCUGUGAAGCCAUUUUCCUAAUUAUGUUUAAAAAAAAAAAAUUCGGAUGUCUAGAUCAAACUUUUUGUCAAUUUAAAAGAAACGGUCUCGCCCAUUUUUCUCUUAAAAAAAAAAUAUCUUAAUAUAAAAUAUACUGGGCUUACAUAACUGCAGUGAAUACUCAUGUUCCUACAUAACAAAAAGUUACGCUAAGGAUUUUUAAUGAAAACCCCUCAUUUAUGGCCUCAAAUUCCCCCAAAUCAUUUGACUAUGCAUCAGGUCAAUUGUACUGCGUUACGUAGCGGUUUCUUUAUUAAGUAAUUUAUAAAAGAGGAAAAAAAAUGAAAUAAAAAAAAUUCAAAAAAAAAAAA